AUGGACGAAACCCUAGCCACCGUCCUCUCCUACCUCCCGCCUCCCUCGGUCUCCACCACCGCAUCCCCGUCCUCCUCGUCCACUGCCUCUGAUGACGAUGACCGCAUCAACUGCCUCCCGGACGUGCUCCUCCGCAACAUCAUCUCCCGCCUCCCCACCAAGGACGCGGCCCGCACCACCAUCCUCUCCUCCCGCUGGCGCAGCCUCUGGGCUUCCACCCCAGUCCGGCUCGACGACGCUGGACUCGUUCCUACCGCAGUCACCGCCGCGCUGAACUCCCACCCGGGCCCGGUCACUUCCGCCCGCCUCUCCUCCGAGCACCUCGCUUACCAGGAACCCGACGUCCUCGACUCCUGGUUCGCCUCCCUCGCAGCCAAGAACGUCGAGGAACUCUCCGUCGUCAACGGAUCCUGGCCCGCUGAAUGUGAGUGGCGUCCUCCCCCGGGCCUCCUUGGAUGCGCGUCCCUCCGCCGCCUCUGGCUCGGGCUCUGCCAGUUCCCGGACAUUUCCGGCCUCGCUCCGGCCUUCCCCAGCCUGCAAGAGCUCGGGAUUGUCCAUUGCUCCAUGCAGGACCGCGAGCUCCACGCUGUGCUCCCGCGCUGCCCCGAGCUUGAGAGGCUCGCUUUCGUGCUGACACAGGACUACCCAAGGUACAUCCACAUCUGGUCAGAGAGCCUCCAGUCCCUGGUUGUGUGGAGGUCCAUGGUCAGAGAGGUGCACCUUGACGAUGCCCCCAACUUGGAGCGGUUGCUGUUGGAGCCGAUUGGCGGUGCCUCUACUCACGUCAAGAUUAUUAAUGCACCGAGGCUGAAAAUUUUCGGGUACUUUGAUGUUGGACUCCAUCAGCUCAAGAUCGGCCCCACUGUGAUCAAGGAUGGGAUAGGGAUGAAGGUGAAACCGAAUGCGAUGGUUCGGACCCUUAGGACAUUGGCAUUGAAGGUGCAGUUUGGAGACGAGAAGCAAGUCAAGCUGGUGCCCCUCUUGCUUAGAUGCUUCCCAUGCCUAGAAACCUUGUAUAUCAAGUCAUCUCCUUCUGAAUCACCAACCAAUGUUGAUGUGGAUUUCUGGGAUCAAGUAGGCCACACUGAAUGUGUUACCUCACAUAUUAAGAAGUUUGUGUUCGAAGCUGCCCGAGGAGAGGAUACCGAGCUGGCAUUUGUCAAGUUUGUCAUGGAAAGAGCCCAAAUAUUGGAGGAGAUGCGUGUUUUCGUGGAUGAUGGUUGCUCUAGAGAUGUUGUGCUAAGGCGUUUAUCUUCAGAAGAAUGUGUGUCUGCAGAUGCUAGCGUGGUGGUGGAGAGGCAAGACAUGUCCCAUGCGUGGAGCUUCGAAAGAGCUAGCAACAUGUCACAGUGUGACCCCUUUGGUUGCUAA